CUGCGCCAUAACAAUCGAGGGCACUACCAUCUACAUAUUUACAUAUGUACCAUCUGCUGCAAUAUCAUUCACUUCUUGCUUUUGUUUCAGUCUCAACAUUGGAUACUCUCCAAAAGCAUGAUUAAACGACCAAAACGCCCUCGUCGUCCAACCAUCUUCGAGCGCCUACCGGAGGAGCUACGCCAGUGUCUUGUUCCCUACUGCGACUCUACCACCAUUUUCAAUUUAUGCAUCACAUCCAAGGCAACCUACAAUGCUUGCAUUGGACUCUUAUACUUUCACAUUGAUUUAAGCUGUCAUAAUGCGACCGAUCUGCGUAGGCACAACUUCCAUUCCGUCCUCGAUGUGACGCUUGACCACCUCCAUGCAUCUCAAACCGAUGCAGAACGUCGACUUCUACUUAGACAAUCCAAGUUCUCAGAUCUGGUGUUGGAGAAUCCUCAGCUUGUAUCUCAUACUCGGUCAUUCAAAUGGACCUGUCUUAGUACGGAUCAAUGGUAUGUCCCAGGGUCACCAGAACACGUGCCCUCCUACGCCAGACUGAACUACGGAAGCGACCAGCUAUGGACGACAUUCUCGUGCUUCACCGCCGUCAACGAGAUCGAUUUGGCAUUCCUAACAGGGAAACCAGAUACAUCAAUCCCUCCCCCAUCCCUCUUCCCCACCGCAACUUCCCUCAGCCUCACCGGCAUGCCGACAUCCGCCACACUCUCCAGCAUUUUCUCCUCCAUCACCCCCAGCAAACUCAAACACCUCCGCCUCAACAACCUCCACUCCAUCCCCACAACCCCCACCACCCACCACGUAGGCUUCGCCCUAGGCCAUCUCUCAUCCCUAACCAACCGCUGCACCUCCCUCCAAUCAUUCCACUACCACUCCACAGCCGAGUACUUCCCGGGCUCUGCACCCCAUCACCAACACCACCCAACCCUCUGGCAACAAAUCAUGCAAAAAGAAACACUGCGCUUCACCGAACUCGCAGCGUUUAUAGAAUCCGUGAAAUUCACGCUUCGCGACUUCUUCUUCGAACAUGGCCCGGAUAUCGAUUAUGUAGGUUCCUCGGUAUCGGCACAGCAAAGGCAAAAUAACCCGCUACCCAUGGAUCAACUGUUCGAUGCGCACUUGCGUCCUGUUAUUAGCACGGGUCCUUGGCCGCAGCUGAGGAGGUUCCGUUUGCUGGGAAUUGGGUAUCGGGAUCCUAUGUUUGUAACGACUUCAUGGUUGGAGGAAGGCUCGCAGAAUGAUGUCCAUGUGUACCGCGAUGACGUGAAGAUGUUGUUGGAUGCGAUGCCUGGGGUAUGCGAAAUCGCUGUUAGCGAUAAAGCGGGUCGUCCGUUUUAUAAUCAUGUUGUUUCUGGGAAGUUUUUGGUGCUUGGGAUGUAG